GAAGCAAUGAUCUGCUUAUUUCAAUCAGAAUCUUUUGAGUCAUCGCACUUCUCGCCACACAGCAAUUAUAUACCUUUGAUGGGUCUAUGUAAUGGAUUCAUUUUCGCUGUCUCCUGAGUGCCAGCAUUCAUCCACUGGUUUAUGUUCAAAGUGCACACUGAAUCAGUCUUUUGCUAUAUCGAGAGCUGAAGAACGUCAUCGACGCAAUAUGUCAAACGGUUCUGCUACUCUCAGUCCCUCUCCUUCAAAUUCAUCUUUCACACUUUCUAAUGCAUACGUCGGACCAGACGAAUUUGUUUCUUUUCCAAAACUACCCGUGCAGGCUAUACAACCUCAAACGGACGAAGUGUACGUGCCGAAUUGUGACGAGGUUGAGGUCCCCAGUGAUGGGCAAGAGCAAAAACCUGCAGAAGAUGUGCAUGUGGAGGAUAGUGAUUGUUUGCCUACUACGUGCCCGUUAGUAGAACCACCGAGCUUGCUUAUGAGGCUGUUUGAAUCAUCUCAUUUUUCUCCAGCCAUCGCUAUGAAGUAUCUAUAUUCCUGUACAGAAAAAGGAGCAAAACAAUACUUAGGGAAAAAGUUAUUUUCAUUCCAUCAUUCUCGUGUGGACUUCUUCAUUCCUCAACUCAUCAAUCUGUACAUAAAUGAUAAAGAGGUCGCUAGUGCCAUUCAUAAUUACAUUGAAGAACGAUGCAAAGGAAGCCUGCAUUUUGCUUUAAUAUGCGUGUGGUUACUUGAAUCGUUAGGCGUUGAUAGGUUGCGAAUCAAGGAUCGAGAUCUUGCACAUGGAGAUAUUUUGCGCCGGAUGAUUCUGAACGAGUUCAAACCACCGCAGCCAAUAUGUUCUUUGAAGAAGUGGACCUCUAUCAAUGAUCGGCCAGGAUGUCUAGCGAAUGGAUCUUUACUGAACCCUGAAAAUCUUAGCUCCGGGUUGCAGCUAACUCGAAGCGAAAGUGCUACGACGUCGUUAAGAUUUCUGUCUCCGGCUACCCUGAGUGGAGACCUGAGCCUCAAUUCGGAUUGCCACUGCUUUGAAGACGAAGACGCGGUGGAGUGCACAUGUGAGGCCAGCGGUAUGGACGCGCAGAAAGGCUUUGUGAAUUGGCUUGUUCGCAUAGGGAACAACCUCAAGGAGGAGCCAACUAAGGGUGAAAAAACCCGUCGUCUGGUUAGUGAGCUGCUUGUCUUGAACAUGCAUCUUCCUGCUAGAGUGUGGAUACCUCUCUCCGAAGGUCAUGUUGUUUUGAAUAUUCCACCUACUAACAGCUGUGUGCUCAAUAGCAAAGAUAAGGCUCCCUACUGUAUCUUCGUUGAAGUGUUGCGGUGCUCGGAUGUAAAGAAGGUGCGGCUACCUAAGCGACCUGUCGCAGGCGAAGAUUAUCCGCAGCUGCCACUACACGAUUACAGCAGCUCCUCAGUAGCAUCGCUGGACGAUGCUUUGAUGAAGUCAGCGGAUUCAUCUCCCGGAACACCCACUACAUCUGAUUUUCAACCCACGGAUGAUUCGAUGGCCGAGGAUGUUGGUAUCGAAGCUGCAGAAUCUCCUUGGGACACGAUGUCUAUCGAAAGUUGUGCUUCCGAACCGGUUAUGCGAGGUGCCUCUGGGAUCAGUUAUCGACUGAGGCAGUGGGUGAAAAGGCCUGGACGCAGACGUCAAAUGCGUUCUUAUCCGGACGACCCAUCAGCUUCAACAAUGAGCGAGCCUUGGGAUGAGAAGAAAGAACGUAUCCGCCAGGCGAGUCCAUACGGACGGCUACCAAAUUGGGAUCUUCUUCCUGUGAUUGUCAAGAGCGGCGAUGACCUGUUGCAGGAGUUAUUGGCUUAUCAACUUUUGGUAACUUUGAAGGAAAUCUGGGAGGAGGAAGAUGUGCCAUUAUACUUACGGCCAUAUAGAAUAGUCGUCACCUCACCGGAUUCUGGAAUGAUCGAGCCAAUCCUGGACGCCUGCUCAUUACACCAGAUCAAACGUAAUCAGAGCGCUCUCUACCGUGAGGAAGGGAAAACCGAUGAGCCGUCUUUGGAGGCUCAUUUUGUUGAAACUUUUGGACCAAAAGGCUCCUCAACAUAUCUUCAGGCACAGCAGAACUUUGUACAUAGUUGCGCCGCCUACUCUCUCGUUUGCUACUUUCUACAGGUGAAAGACAGGCACAAUGGUAACAUUCUCAUUGAUGCCGUCGGUCAUCUCAUCCACAUUGACUUUGGCUUCAUACUCUCCAUAUCUCCAAAAAAUCUUGGGUUUGAGACAUCCCCAUUCAAGCUCACUUCUGAACUUAUUAGUGUCAUGGGCGGUAUCGAUUCGGAUCUGUAUUUUUAUUUCAAAACACUGUUGUUGCGUGGAAUUAUUGCAGCUAGGAAGCAUCACGAGCGAGUGAUGACAGUAGUACAAAUAAUGUCAAAAGGGUCUCAACUACCAUGCUUUCGCGGUGGUGCUGCGAUGUUGCGAGCGCUCAACGGGCGAUUUCACAUGAACUAUACUGACAUAGAGCUGCAAAAACUGGUUGAUACCUUGGUGGAGCAGAGUCGAGACUCAUUGACCACCCGGCUGUACGACAACUUUCAGUACUACACAAAUGGAAUUCUUUAAUCAGUUUUUUCUGUGUUCUCUGUUUCUGCUUAUAAUGAAGGGAUUUUAUCAGGGAGAUAAUUUAUGUUAUGUUCAAGAUCUAUCCAACUUUUUGGAAGCUUUACGAUGGUUUUUUUUAGUACGCGCUGCUCAAAUGAAUGGAUCAUUGUUUCUUUUUUGUUUGAAUUGUUUCCCCGUUAGUUUAUUAUCUGUGAUACAGAGUAAUAUUGGCGAAUGAUUUGAUCGUCUUUCCAUCCUUUCUGUCUGGCUUGGUUAUAUUAGCAUUUUAUCGUUUCUGUCCUAGAGAGAAGCUCCAGGAGCACAGUAGUAGUUCCCCAAAUGUAUUUAUAGUUUACAGCCACAAAGUAAACAUUCACAUGAGUAAACGCAUCAUAAAUUUUUGUUAUUUGUGAUCGACCUGUGGUUUUCCUUGUUUCUGGAAGGAAAUAUUAGGUUGGCAGGACUGCUUUGUCGCAAUAUCUCUAAUAAUUCAUCACCUUUAGCUCUCAAC